CACACAACUCGCAACUCAAAACAAAAAUCACAUUUUAGCAAAUCAAAAACACAAAGGACCCAUAGGACAAUUUCAGGAACCUAGCAGAUUUCGGAAUUUCACAUUCAUCGCUAGACAAACAAAAAUGGAAGAUGACAAUGAACCGUCAGAAUUAGGAACAAAGGAAUACUGGGACAAAACGUAUCAGUUGGAAAUGAGCAAUUUCCAGUCCCAUGGCGAUGUUGGUGAAGAAUGGUUUGGAGAAGACUGUGCAACCCGAGUUGUUAGGUGGUUGAACUCAUGCGAUGAGUUAAACAAGAGCUCCAAAAUUAUAGACAUUGGAUGUGGAAAUGGAAUGCUUCUUUCUUUUAUGGCUGAGGAGGAGUAUGAGAAUUUACUCGGAGUAGACUACAGUCCUCAGGCUGUUGAGCUCGCUGUUGCGGUUGCGAAAAAAAUGGCCCACAACAUCACUUUCAAGGUGUGGGACAUCAUAAGCUCUGAGCAGUGCCCAGGAGAUAUACCCUUUGACGUGGCAUUGGACAAAGGCACCUACGAUGCUAUAGGUUUAAGUAAGAAUGGAGCCGAGGACAGAAAAACGUACAUCAAGAACACGCACUCGAUUUUGAAGCCUGGAGGACUAUUGAUAAUCACCUCAUGUAACUACAGCGAGGAUGAAUUGGUUGAACAAUUUUCAGAGAAUUUCAAGAAAGUUUCUAGGAUUCCUGCUCCAACAUUUAAAUUUGGAGGUCGUGAAGGAAGUCUCAUCUCAUCGAUCAUCCUACGCAGUGUUUAAGGAUUUUCAAUUUAACCCCAUGAUAUUUAAUCAUAAUUUUGCAAUGUUUACAAAUAAAAAAUAAACAAAUCCUCGAUGGUUCAAACCAUUAAAGCAUA